AUGAACACUAACAUUGGUACUAAUCCUGCCAUUAAUCAUAUUGCUGACACUGAUACUUGCACUGAUACUUGUCCUGAUAUUUGUCCUGCUACUGCAAAUACUAAGGCCAGCAAUGGCCUAUCCUCUUUUAUUACAGUAAACAGUACUAGCACAAGCACCAGCACUAGCACAACCUUAAGCACAAGUACUAGCACAAGCACAAGUACUGUAUCAUCACAAAAGCAACUAUUACAACAACAGGAACAACAACAAAAUUCAAGUUCUUUUAAUAUUCUUCAGUAUCCUCAAUCUGAUGUAUACAAAGCAAGAGUUCAUGACCGAAGAGACCUUACUAUCACUACUAACAGUGGCACCAAUACAAAUAGCCCAAAUCUUUCUGGUGACAUGUUUUCAAUGAUGGAUAUCGGAUUCACACAGGAUGAUCUGAACCACUAUUAUUCCCUGCCUGAACCUACUCGGAUGGUCUACAGCACCCCUAACAAUGCCGGUAAUACCAUCUCCGAUCACUCCGACUACUCCGCUCCCUCCAGUCUCUCUGCUUCCCCACGCGAAGUUGGUGGUUGUGAUAAUCCAGAACCAAUUCAGCACCAUUAUCAUCAGCAAGAGAGUAAUUAUCUGGCAAGUCCGGUUGGCUCCACAUCAUUGCACACAGAUGGAAUCCAGCCAAUGGAUUUCCAGCCUACCAUUACACACAAUCACCAAGGCGCGUCAUGGAACUCAUCUAAUACUUCGGCAGCCAAUGUCAUGGCAACACCCCCACCAACUUCAUCGCUGGUGGCUGAUCUGGUCGGACCCUUUAUGGCCACCAUGUCAGUUGAUCAAACCCAAAACAACCAGAUUUCUUCUUCAUCUUCCUCUACAUCCUCUAGCUCUUCCUCCACCGGAAUCAUAAACUCUUUUGAUUUUCUGGAUUCAUUUGAGCAAGGUACCCUUUUGUCUGAACUUCAUACUCCUCCAAGUUGCCAGAAUUAUAUCGAGUCCCCGACCUCACAGGAACAGGAACAGGAACAGGAACAGGAACAGGAACAACACCACCACCGCCACCAACAACAACAAUUUGACUAUCCUGUCUUUGACACCCGUUCCCCCUUUGACAAGUCAAACAUGAUUGACAAGGUUCAAGGCACCUACUUUUAUCCCAGCUCAUUUUCUCCUCCUCCUGACAAGAUCAACUAUGUUCCUCCUUCCUUCCAAUCUAUGCCCUGUAUAUUCAACGAUCUUCAGUCCUCAUACAAUCUACUCGAGCACUCGCUUGACAACAUUUCUCCCCCUCUACCUCAAUCACUCUUACCCACCGCUACUUCUCUCAACUCUCUUUCUCGCAAUUUUUCUUCCACCCGUCAAUCUUCCAUUCUUUCGUGUGACAAAUAUCCACAACAUCUCACCAAAUCGGUCUUCUCCACAUCUGAUUCUCCCACAACCACAAUGACAAAAAAAUCUAAGCGUAUCACUAACGACGGCACCAACAGCGGCAACGGCAACGGCAACAGCAAUGAUGAAGAAAACUAUUACUAUAAUUAUAACUAUUAUAGUACCAGUAACCGCGACUGUAUACAACCAAAACACCAAACUCAAUCAUUAUCACACUCAUUAUCUUCACAAUCUUCUGCCGCUUACUCUAUCCGACCAAAACAUCUUUAUAACCAAAAACAACAACAACAACAGACUACUAACAGUAUUCUCGGUGUUAGUAACAGGCGCACCCAUUCCAUGUCAAAGUCAACAGUCGACAAGUCAAAGCUUCAGUCAAUCCUUCAGGCAUAUCUUUUGUCUCCUGAUCCUUUAAAGGCAGGCGAACAAAAGGCUGUCAUUAUGACUUGCAAAGUAGCUCAAAAAAGCUAUGGUACUGAAAAAAGAUUUCUCUGUCCUCCUCCAACUGUACUCUUGAUGGGUUCUAGAUGGUGGUCCGACACAAAGAAUAAAUCUUGCGAACAAGAUAACCAAGACGACGACCAAGACGACGACAAUGAAGAUGAAGCCGAAGCCGGCAAUGAUCUUUUGGUGUCCACAACCAUGCGUGCAAACAGAAUGAAACAGCCAAAUCAAAAGUCACUUGCUCCACCCCAACUGUCUAUUUCCAUUUCUGGUGAACCUUGUCUGUACACUGGUCAAGUCGAGUGGUAUUCUGGCUCGGGAAUCCUGAUGGGUCAGACCGGAAGCACGGCCGAACUGACCAACGCUAAUAGUACGAGCAAUUCGACCAAUAAUCCACAAAGUACAAAAAAAUCAGAUGAAAACGAACCUCGUCACAGGCGCCUGAGAAUGGCCGAACCGAAGCAUCAGGACAAACGCUGGUACCAACACGAACAAGAAGCCCCACUGAUGGGAAGAUGUGUGUCCAAGCAGCUGUUUAUCACCGAUGCCGACGAAAAGAGAAAGCGGGUCGAGUGUGUGUUUAAGAUCAAUCUUGGGAACGGUCUUCCUUUGGGAGCCAUGUCCAGCCGCCCUAUCAAAGUCAUCAGCAAGCCCAGCAAGAAGAAGCAAAGUCCACGAAAUGCAGAAUUGUGUAUUCAUCAUGGUGGUCUGGUUUCUCUAUUCAACAGAGUAAGAUCCCAAACAGUGUCUACCAAAUACCUUGGUGUCUCACUUGACAAUGGUCCUCUCAACGCCUUUCCUUCGCACUCCUCUCAACCGAAAAUCUCAAAGAUCCCCGAAAACACCUGCUUCGUUGCCCGCACCAGUAGCUGGGAUGCCUUUGUCGUCUGGAUUGUCGACACCAACUCUCCUCCUCCUCCUCCUCAACAACAACAACAACAAAAUUCUUCAAAUCCUGAUAAUUACACCGCAAAGGAUUUCAUUGGCCCUUCCAUGUCUCCUCUCAGUGUCCCUUACCCUCCUCCACCCGCAGUUGCCCUAAGAAACACAACCGAUCAACCUCUUGUGGUCCACUACAACCAGCCCAUCGUUCUGCAGUGCCUGCGGACUGGUCUGGUCAGCCCUGUGAUGGUGAUCCGAAAGGUCGAUCGUGCCUCGACUGUGCUUGGUGGUGCUCGCUGUCCGGAUGGCUCAGAGCCCGGAGGUGGUGAACGCGGUGAUGAAAUCUUGGGCGAUCCUGUUUCCCAACUCCAUCGUAUCGCUCUCCAGAUCAUCCAAGGCACUCCUUCACCCACAGCAGGAGCAGAUCAGCAGCAAUCUCAUUCUCAUUCUCAUUCUCGCCAUCUUCACUCUCUUACGACAUCAAACUUGACAGAAGAUGAAUUUAUGCCCAGAACAUCUCGUCCAGCUGCUUACCUUGCAUGCCUGAAUGAUAAUGUUGGCAUGCGCCAGACCACUCAAGCGCGCAAGAGAACUGCAUUCGCACCUCAAUUUUCAUCCUUGUCCGCAUCCCUGUCUUCAUCCUCUACUUCUACUUCUACUUCUUCCUCUUCUAAUCCUAACUCACUUGCUUACCUUUCUGCCCUGGUUGACUCCAAAGUUGGCACCAAGCGUUCUGCAGCCUGUGACUUUGCCGAUAUUCCUGAUCCAUCGUCGUUGACAAUUCACAGCCGUGCAAAUAAGAAUACUUUUAAUAAUAAUACUAAUAGUAAUAUCAAUAAUAAUCUCAACAACAACAACAAAAGUAAUAGCGACAUUAAUAACAGCCCAAUGAAUCCUGGACCACGAAAGAGAAUGCUCAGUCUCAAUUCAUCCGGUUAUCCAUGCUCAGUCGAUCGUUCGCAACCUAUGCCCAACUCAUCUUCCAUUCCUUCGUCGUCGUCGUCUUCUUUGACAUCCUCUACUUCUCCAUCGUCGACCUUUGCCAUGACUCGUUCGAUUUCUGCACCUAGUUCGGCAGUUUACAAAUCCGGGCAACAGGAUCAGUUAUCCCAGCCACAACAACAGCAGCAGCAGCAAGACCCAAUGGCUGGUAUGGACUCUUACUGGUCUGAGGAUGUAUCUGAUGCAGCAAUCUGGACCAUUGUUGGUACUGAUUGCGCAGACUAUACUUUCUGGAUUCCUCCCAAGCAUAUGCUGGAAGAAGCCGGCAUCAAGACUGAACCAACCGCACCUUUGGUGACCAACAAUCUAUCCGAGCUUGAAAAUUCUUCUCUUUCUGCUCCUUCUGUUGUCCAACCUCCACAAAAAGAUCCUGCUCAGGCCCAGUUUUUCCCUAGCCUUUUGUAUUACACCACUUCGGAAACAAGUCCGUGCCAUCUUUCAAAUAACGCAAACACAAGCACCUUAACAUCCUCAUCUUUGUCCUUAUCUUCCAAUGGCCGACAAUCUCUAUUAGGCGAAGAAAAGUCUCACAAACAGCAACAGCAACAGCAGCAGAAGAGACCAUUGACCAUGUCACUUUGUGGCCAACAUUUUACUCGGGAUCUUCAGGUCUGGUUUGGUGACAUUCCGGCUCCUUUUGUGGAAUACCGUGGCCGGGAUCACAUCGUCUGUCGUAUUCCUUCUCAGGAAGAUCUGGUACACUGUGUGUGUCUUGAAAAAGAUGAAAAGGAGUACAAAGUCCCUAUUAUGCUGGUCAGAGGGGACGGUGUUAUUCACAAAACCAAUGCUUUCUAUCGAUUCUAA